UCAGUUUUCGCUUCCUUCUUGAUCCUCAUUUAAUGGCUCUACCAGUAGCGGUUCCUCGCAGCGACCAAGAACAAGAAAUAGCGGGAGAAGAUGUAGAUUGGGAAGAGAACGGAGCAGAGAAAGAAGACGACGGCGACGACGAUGGCGAAGAUGAUGAAGAUGUCGAUGAUGAGGAGGAAGAGGGAGGAGCCGAUCCGUCGCUGGAGAUCAAGAGCCUGGACGAUCUGGUCCGCCGGCGCAACUCCAUCUGGCCGGCGCGCAUCAGGGUCCACGGCGUCGUCGUCAAGGGCAACGCCAAGACGAGGGCCUUCCUGAUCGAGGCCGAGGUGCUCCCCGCCUUCCGAUCCGCGGUCACGCUCGGGGGUCUCCUCCGGGCCGCCGCGGCCGCCAACGAGCGCCUCCGGCGGCUCAACAUCUUCGAGUCCGUUUCCAUCACUCUCGAUGCUGGGCCGCCCGAUCUCCCGGGCACGGCAGAUGUCGUCAUCGAGGUCGUCGAGGCUAAGAAUUCUGUCGCUGGCGAUAUUUGUGUCUUCUCUAAGCCGGAGGCUAGAACUUGGUCGCUUGAAGGAUCACUGAAGUUCAAAAACUUGUUUGGCUAUGGUGAUAUUUGGGAUGCUUCUGGGGCUUAUGGCUGGGACCGAAUAUCAGAGAUAAGUGCUGGACUGUCCUUACCCAGAUUCUUAGCUGUAUCAACUCCUCAAACAGCUAGACUUUCGCUACUUACGCAAGAUUGGUUUAAACUUUCAUCUUAUAAAGAACAUUUAUUAGGCCUUUCUUUUGGUUUGCUAUCAACUAAACAUCAAGAUUUGACUUGCAAUCUUACACUGCGUAUGUUAAGCGAUCCAUCACAUAUAUCAGCCGAGUCAAGGAGGAGGCAGAUGCUCUCCUCAUUUAAAUACACGUAUAAGAUUGACAAGAGAGAUUCAAAUCUAAGGCCAACAUGUGGAUAUGCUUUUCUCUCUACAUCUCAAGUUGGUGGCCUUGGGCCGGAUAGUGGGGAUUCACGAUUUAUACGACAGGAGUUUGAUCUUCGAGGUGCUCUUCCAUUGGGUUUUCAUAACACUGCCCUCAACAUUGGAGUUGCAGCAGAUCUUAUCAUGCCAUGGGGAAGUGGAAUUCUUGACUCGUCAUUGCCUGAUAGACUCUACAUGGGCAAUCAUUCUUCUCCUGUGUGCACCCUGGGGGGUGGCACCUCAUUGUUGGGGUACAAAUCAGGAGGAUUUAGCCUCCUUGACUUGAAAAGGUUAUUUCGCAGUAAAUUUGACAAUGAUGACUUCGAUGCCUCUCCAGAAAGGAGUGCUUUAGGGGGUGGGCUUGCUGUUUCAGCCUUCGCUGAUCUAUCCUUUGAUAUACCUUUGAAGCUGUUCAGAGAAUCUGGGAUACAUGGUCACAUGUUUGUCUGUGCUAGGAAUCUUGCAAAAUUAACAGCACAAGAAUUUAAAAUUUUUUCAUUAUCAAAAAAUAUGGAGAUGUUUCAAAGCUCUGCAGGUUUUGGCUUGAUAAUUCCUACUAAGUUGUUCCAAAUGGAGGUUAACUAUUGCUACAUAUUGAAGCAGUCUGAACAUGAUCAGGCAAGGACAGGUGUUCAGUUCAACUUCUCUUCCCCAUCAUAGAAUUGUUUUGGCUUGCUUUUUAAGUGGAGAUUUUAAGACACCUACCACUGAUGACAGCCAUGAUUGUUCCUCGAUUAUUUUGUAUGGUGAGCCAACAGAAAAAUAAGUUGGAACCUCCUGAUCCAAAAACUUAUAAUUGACAAUUUCAGUAAGAUCUUUUUUUUUUUUUUACAGGAAGGAUGAAAGUGACUAGAUUCAAUUGAUGGUUUCGUUUCCAUUUUCAUUAGUUCAUAAUCACGUAGAUGUUUUAACCGGUAUUGCAGCCCCAAGUCUUGAACUUGUGGUAAAAACCAAAUCUCGUGAUGAGGUGUUAUUAAUUCUUAAUUCAAAAUAUCAUCCUUCUGAUUA